AUGGCACCAGGAGAGCGCUCAGAAGAAGUCUGGCUAUGGUACACGGCAGUAUACGAGGCGAUUCAAGAGGUGCCUUCCGGCAAGGUCACUAGCUAUGGUCAUAUUGCAAGACUAGUAGGGAAGCCCGAAUGUCCAAGACAAGUCGGAGUGUGUCUCAAGAACCUGCCUUCGCCAUCGACCGAUAGCAGCAAGAAGAGUCCAACGUUCCAUAGCCGCAACGUGCCUUGGCAGCGCGUGAUCAACGCCAAAGGCGGCAUCAGUCCGAGAGGACCGAGCGCAGCGGCUCAGCAAGCAGAUGCGCUGCGCAGGGAAGGAGUCGAGGUCAGCCAGGAUGCUAUGGGGCAGUAUACAGUGGAUCUUGGGAGAUACGGCUGGUUUCCUGAUGUCCUUCCCAGCGAGGCUGGUCUAGUCGAAAGUAGCGACGAGGAGGAUGAGGAGGAGGCCGCGUACCAUACAUAG